UGAAAGUGAAUUUACACUUUAAUAAAAUUAUUGUGAUUUGUGUUUAACUUAAAUAGUAGUUAUAAUUAUGAAUAGCGAUAAUUCUUCUAGUUCUGAUGAAGAAAUUAACAGUCCAGCCAUAAUGAGGGGUCCCUAUAGCCUCUUCAGACUUCGAGAUCAUUUUUCUUUUUGGACAGAUGACGAUUUUCUUGACAGAUUUCGACUGAGUAAAACUUCUGUUCGUUUUAUUGUCAUUGAACUAGGCGACCGUAUCAUUGGCUGGAAUAAUGAUUUAAGUCCAGAGCAUCAAGUGAUCUUAACACUACAGUAUUAUGCGACCGGGUCAAUGUUGAUUGCUUGUAGAGAAUUUAGAGGAAUUAGUAAAUUGACUGCAUGCCGUGUAGUGAAAAUUGUUUCACAUUCCAUUGCUGCAUUGCGUUCAGAUUUUAUCGAAUACCCCUACCGCGAACAAGAUAUAAGGAUGCUGAAAUUAAAUUUCUUCACUAUUGCUAAUUUUCCAAUGGUUAUUGGCGCAUUAGACUGUACCCAUGUUAAGAUCAAGUUUCCUGGAGGAAACUAUGCAGAGGCAUACAGAAAUAAGAACAACUUCUUUUCAAUCAAUGUUCAAAUAAUCUGUGAUUCAAGGUUAAAGAUUUUAGAUAUAGAUGCUAAAUGGCCUGGAUCUUCACAUGAUUCUGCCAUUUUUGAUAAUUCUGCCAUACGAAGGAAGUUAGAUAAUUUUCACAUUGAGAACUGCGUAUUAAUAGCUAAAAGUGGUUAUACACAACAUAAAUACAUUAUGACUUUGGUAGCGAACCCUCAAACAGCUAUUGAUUCAGAAUCUGGUAUUAAUGAAAAUAUUAUUGCUAGAUAUAAUGAAUCAUUAAGUAAGACUAGAAAUACUGUUAAAAAUUGUUGCAAUAUUUGGAAAAUUCGAUUUCCUAUAUUAGCUACAGGAAUAAAUGUCAAAAUUACAUCUCCACAAAGUAUAAUUGUUGCCACAGCACCUAUAGGGUCAACAGCCACGAUACUGUGCGAUAUCGGAGUCAUCAAAGGAGACGAAGAGUUUGUCACCCGUGUGACCUUUGCUGGUGAACAGCCCAUCGUCACGCUGUCACCGCAGAUUAGUGGUGUAGUCAUUAUGGCUGAUCGCUCAAGUUGCAGGAGACUUGUGACUGAACAAAUAUAUAUCAAAUAA